AUAUGAGAGUUCUCAGCAAAGAAACAAGAACAGUGAGAGAAAGAGUGAUCCCAGCGCCAUUGCUCCCUGGUCGUCGACUGGAAGCUGUGAUUGGCGUCGGACGACUUGUGGAGGCAAACAUUUGAGUUAUUACAGUGUGGACGCUGCGGCUGUAAAGCAAAAUCCGGUAUGAGAUUUUAUCCUUCCCAUCAAACUUGCAACUCCAACAGAAUGACGCACUCUUGUUUGAGAUACGAGUGGGCUUUAUUAAUAUUUUUUCAUGGGAUUCUUCUACUGUGUAUGAGCUCAUCUUUGAUCUCUGCAACAGUUUCGGCUUUUGCAAAUGAGGCUGAUCGCCUAGCAUUACUUGACUUCAAGAAUCGGAUAACUCAAGACCCACUUCAAAUUAUGAGCUCAUGGAAUGACUCCAUACAUUUCUGCAACUGGUUAGGUGUUACAUGUGACCCCUCUAGUAAACGAGUCAUGGUUUUGAAUUUGACAGCUAAGAAAUUGUCUGGCUCCAUACCAUCCUCUAUAGGAAAUCUUACUCACCUCACAGGAAUCAACCUAGAAAACAAUAGCUUCUACGGUGAAAUUCCUCAAGAAGUGGGACGUUUGCAGCGCCUUUGGCAUCUCAGUUUGACUUAUAAUUCCUUUGGUGGUAAACUUCCAACUAAUAUGAGCUACUGUUCACAACUUAGAGAGCUUACUGUUGGUCACAAUGAGCUUGUUGGGCAGAUUCCAAACCACCUCAGCUCAUUGUCAAAGUUGGUGUAUCUAAGACUUGAUAGGAACAACCUUACAGGAAAUAUCCCAGCUUGGAUAGGAAACUUUUCUUCGUUGUAUGCUCUUGAUCUUUCUGAAAACAAUUUUCAAGGAAGCAUACCUAGUGAACUUGGUUGCCUACCAGGCUUGGGAUUUUUUCAGCUUUCUGUGAAUAAUCUUUCUGGUACCAUCCCUCCUCCGAUCUAUAAUAUAUCUUCCAUAUACUUUUUCUCUGUUACUGAAAACCGACUACAUGGAAGCCUUCCACCAGAUAUUGGUCUCACUCUUCCUAACCUUCAAAUAUUUUAUUGCGGUAUGAACAAUUUCACGGGACCUAUUCCCGUGUCAUUGUCAAAUGCUUCUCAACUUCAGGGUCUUGCCCUUGGCAAUAAUAGUCUAAUUGGGCCAGUCCCUCGAAAUCUAGCAAGCUUGCAAGGCUUGGUUGGACUUUAUUUUGCUUACAAUAGACUUGGAUAUGGGAAAGAUGAUGACCUGCAUUUUGUCAGUUUCUUGGCUAAUUGUACUAGUUUGAAGGUCUUGGAUCUUGGUUAUAAUUAUUUUGGAGGAGUAUUACCCAAAUCCAUAGCCAACCUUUCCACCCAGCUACAAUCUCUUUAUUUUGAUGGGAAUAUGAUCCGUGGUGGCAUUCCUAUUGGAAUUGAGAACCUUGUUAACUUAGAAUCACUAGUACUAAGUUUAAACUAUUUGGGAGGUACUCUCCCCGAUGAUCUUGGGAAGCUUAAAAAAUUAAAGCACUUAUAUUUGGAUAAUAAUACAUUUUCUGGGCCAAUCCCUUCCUCCUUGGGUAACUUAACUAUGCUGAUAAUGCUCUCUAUGGAGAAGAACAAAUUAGAGGGAAAAAUACCCCCAAGCCUAGGAAACUGCCAAAAUUUGCUCUCCCUAAACAUUUCUAGCAACAAUCUCACUGACACCAUUCCAAAACAAGUUAUUGGUCUUUCUUCCCUUUCAAUUUCUUUGGACAUGUCUCACAAUUUCUUGAUAGGUGCACUACCGUUUGAAGUAGGCAACUUAAUACAUCUUGCCUGGUUAGAUCUCUCAAAUAAUAGAUUAUCAGGCAAAAUUCCCACCACCCUUGAGACUUGUCUUAGUUUGGAGCACUUGUAUUUGGAGGGUAAUUCAUUUCAAGGUGCAAUACCUCAAUCUUUGAAGAUGUUAAGAGGUUUAGAACAAAUAGAUCUUUCACGGAAUAACUUCUCUGGAAAUAUUCCUAAAUUUCUCAGUAAGCUUGCAUCACUUAAGUAUCUCAAUAUUUCAUAUAAUGAUUUGGAGGGUGAAGUGCCAAGUGAAGAGAUUUUUGCAAAUGCAAGUCAGAUUUCAAUCUUUGGAAAUAAUAAGCUGUGUGGUGGUGUCCAAGAAUUACAUUUACCUACAUGCACUAGGAAAAAUACUCAUUCAUCUACGAAGCUUCUUGCACUCAAAAUAGUAAUUCCUUUCACUAGCAUGGUCAUAUUUGUACUUAUUUUAUUGUAUUUUUUCCCUACAUGUUUUAUUGGGAAAAAAUCAAGAGAGAGAGCAUUAACUACAUCUUCCUUUGAAGAUAGGAAAUUACUUGUCUCUUAUGCAGAGCUCCUAAAAUCAACAAAUGGGUUUUCUGAGAACAAUUUGAUUGGUUCGGGUAGCUUUGGCUCAGUAUACAAAGGAGUUCUUUCCAGAAAUGGAGCAAUUGUUGCGGUUAAAGUAUUGAACCUUCAAAAACAAGGAGCUUUUGAGAGUUUCAUUAACGAAUGCAAUGCUUUGAGAAGUAUACGUCAUCGCAAUCUCCUUAAGAUUAUCUCUGCUUGCUCAUCCUCUGAUUAUGAAGGGAAUGACUUUAAAAGUCUAAUUUUUGAGUUCAUGUGCAAUGGAAGUCUAGAACAAUGGUUGCAUCCUAAAGAUGAUGAGCAAUAUCAAAGCAGGAGAUUGAGCUUUAUUCGGAGACUAAACAUAGCCGUUGAUGUUGCUUAUGCAUUAGAAUAUCUUCAUCACCAUUGUGAGACACCAAUUGUUCACUGUGAUCUAAAGCCAAGCAAUAUACUCCUUGAUGAAGAUAUGGUAGCCCAUGUUGGUGAUUUUGGAUUGGUGAAGUUCCUUUUUGAAGAAUCAGACAAUCUCUCCAAAACUCAAAUCUUGUCAGUUGGGUUAAAGGGUUCCAUUGGGUAUAUUCCUCCAGAGUAUGGGAUGGGUGGCCAAGUUUCAACACUAGGAGACGUUUACAGCUAUGGAAUACUCUUGUUGGAGCUGUUCACUGGAAAAAGACCUAUUGAUGAAAUGUUCAAAGAUGGCAUGAACAUUUACAAUUUCACUGCAAUGGCUUUGCCUGAACAUGUCAUGGAUAUAUUAGACCCGCUAAUGUUCUUUGGAGAGGAAGAUGAAGAUCUUAAUGAUGACAGACAUAAUGUUGACAUAGAAGAAAGAGCAAUAAUCGAAGAUCAAAAUGUCAAUGUUAGUAGUAGAAUAAAAGAUUGCUUGAUAUCUGUUUUUCAAAUUGGAUUGUCGUGUUCUACAACAUCACAGGAUGAGAGGGUGCCUAUGAAUGUUGUCGUCAGCGAAAUGAAUGCAAUUAGAGACACGUUUCUUAAAUAUAAGAUGAGGAAAUAGAAGAAGAAAGUCCUAGGAUAGGAUGGAAGUAAUGACCCUUGAUUGAGCAAUGUUUCCAAGGCUGUGAUGGUCAUAAGUUAUAGGCUUGUGACAUUCAAUUGAGCGACCUUUUAAGUUUAAUGAUAUGCCUCCUCAACCUCUAUGUCAUUGUUUUCCAUAUCAAAGGUAAUUUAGAUCAGUGACUCACCGUUAUUUGCCAAAUGACACUUGUUAAACCAUAUUCCUAAAUGCUAAAUAUUUAUUAUUAUGGAA